AUGGCUGUUGAAUUGGAUCUGGUCAUUGGAACCCGACGGGUCGCCUUCUCCGGCAUUCUCAUUCUCCUCCCUAUUUGCAUCAUCACUUUCUUUUAUUUGAGAUUCUUCACCUCCCACCCGAAGCUCUCAAAUUCCGAGAGUCCAGUUGCCCCGGGGCGCAAACGAUUCAAGGCGCAUCAAUAUUUCAAAUCACAUGCAGAAUGGAAAUCCACGAAAGAGCUGGAAUUCUACAAAGAGCUUUACUUCAAGCUUCAGAACCUAGAGAAACAUUCCGAGACAAUACCUACGGCACGACAAACCUUCCUAGUCCUACUGUCGCAAGCGCUGGAAGACUACGCCAAGGCGCCCGACACGAAUAUACUGUCAAUUGAACGCUUCGACAAGACCAAAUUAGCCCACUUCCUCCAGAGUCAGCAAGAUGAUGUCACCAAUCAAUAUCAUCAAUAUAUCAGUCGGCGACAAUCUGGAGGCUCACGCGAGCUUCUUCCCGACCGGCAGGCAGCCGGAGAUUGGCUGAGAGAAAUCGCACCUGUGAAACUCGUCGACGGCGCCUGGCUCGGGCACUUGAACAAUAUCAAGAUGCCCUUUUCAUUGAGGCAAAUCGUGAAGCAGACAUGGCUGGUGUUCACAGAAGAGCUCGGGAAUGGCAAUCGCGACCAACAUCACGUCAAGGUCUUCGAAGACCUCUUACAAAACUUCGAGCCUGCUUUACCAUCGCCAACAACAAAUGCGAUUCUGCAUCCUCGAUACAACCUGGGAAAUCUCAAAUAUUGGAGAGCGGCUGUGGCGCAGUUGCUAGUGUCUUUAUUCCCGCUCGACUUUUUGCCCGAGAUUCUCGGGUUCAAUAUGCAUUUUGAAGCCCUGCAAUUAGACACUUUACAAGCAUCAAAGGAGUUGCCGGAAGUUUCACUGGAUCCAUCCUACUUCCUCCUUCAUGUUUCCAUCGACAACAGCCAUUCGGGUCACGCUGCCAUGGCGAUGGAGGGCGUUGCAGAUUACAUUCAACAUGUUGCCAGAACCGAGGGUGAUGUGGCUGCUGACGUCGCGUGGAAGAGAGUCCAGGCAGGAUAUGUCUUCAGCGAGUGGCAGUUCCAAAAGGGCAACCAAGUAACCAAUAUUCUUGAACGUCUUAACGAUGACUCUCAUGAUCGAUUGGAGUCGAAGGUUCUUACAACAUUCAACUCCAAGAUCCAGGCUGCCCGCAAACUGCAUUGUGGCAGCCGGGUGAAGCUUGGAAAGCGUUCGCUGACUGAUUGGCUUGACCCCGAGGCUUUUACUUCUGAGGAAUGGCGACGUGAUUUCAUACGCUGUUUGAGCAGAAGUGAACCCUGGAUAUAUAAAGGAGACAGCCAGAAGAGCAGACUAGUGCAAGAGCUUCGAUGGGGAGGGAGGAUGUACGGCUCAUUCACGAAGGGCGAACUCGAAACACUUGAACUUUGGAUCAACACCCUGGGGUCCGACCGAACUCCUUUCUACUAUUCUUUCAUCAGGCCCACACCCAGUCCACCAUACCGCCUGGAGGAAUCAGACAACAGCUGCGAUUCUAGCAUCGCUGACCCUAGCGAGAACUUCGAAACAGGAACUCUGCUUUCUCGCGACCCACUCCCCAAAGCUUCGGGAGACAAUACCAAUCUCAACUUGCCUAUCCUUCUCCCACUCUGGUUCACACAGUGUUGCCUUUUGCAAUCAUUUGUGUAUGCCCCCGGGAGAACUAGCGACACGACCGGCUGUGCUGUGGUGAGGUUUCUUCGGGCUCAGUCGGGCUUUGAGACAGAAGAUCUGGUCGUGACAGGUGCCGAUGAGCCCAACACGGCAGAAAACGGAGGAAUCAUUGAAUUUGGCUUGGAAAUGAUCACGAAAGCAUCGCUUCCCGUCCCUCAAGGACUGCAAGGUCUUCUUUCCCUUUGGCCUUCAGACUUUGCCACCAAAAUGCUCAAGUUAUCUUCUUGUCCCAUUCAAAACUUUGGCGUCUUGUUGGGCAUGUCAAUGGCGCUUCUCGAAUUACAAGAGAUGGUAUCCGAGUGUCCAAACUCUGGGUUACUCUGUGCCAAGAGCAGCGAGCGGCUUGCAUCCCUGGUUCGGAGACAGUAUCAAUGCCUGCAGGUCUGUCUUCAGGAAAUCCCCGUUGGUGAUUCACGUCAUGGGGAGUUUCACCAGGGCUAUGGCAUGGCGAAAGCGGAAAUCGACAAAUGUUUCAGCCUGAAGGUGUGA